GUGUGUGAGCGGGGUCGCGCGCGCGCGACAGGCGAGUGAGGGAACGAGGAGCGGCCGGGUGUGAGUGUGGGAGUGAGAGUGUGCGGGAGUGGGGUGAGGGAGAGGCCGCCGGCGCCAGGCUGUGAGGAAGCCGGCGAGUGUGCGAGGACGCGCGGCCUGGCUGCAGGAGCCGCGGGCGGCGGCGGAGAAAGGAGGCGGCUCCCGGAAUCCCGACCCCCUCCCCCUCCUCUCCUUCCCCCACUUCCAGCCGUCCGGCGGCCCGCGCUUCCCCGGAGGCCCCAGCCCGGCUCCGCCGGCGGAGAGCGAGGGAGGAGCCCCCUCGAGCCAGGUGCUGGAGUCCGCUUAUCAGGGAGGGGGGCAGUCUGUGAUUCUGAGAACAGAACCAAGAAGGGGAACAGCAAAUUCAGUCACAUACAAUCCUCCACUCAGUCAAGAGCCAUUUUUUUCUUCCUGCCUUGCCCCCUGCCAGGGGGUAAGGAGCUGAGAAUUUUACCUUUAACCCAUUGGCUACCAGCUGAAAUUCUAGUUAUUUUAGCUUUUAGUGGAUAGCUUCUUCUUUUGCCCAUGUUUCCAUUAGAGUCCUUAUUUAAUAUGCUCUUGUCAGUAGUAGCAUCUAGGGAGGAGCAGGGAGAGUGACAAGAAAUUAUCCCCUUCUUUUUUCCCUUCUCAAUCAGACCCCUUUUCCUCUCCAGAGGGAAAUUACCAGUAAAGUCUUAGAAAUCUUCUACUCCUUCUCAGCAAUACCGUGAAGAAACACUAAAGUGGACAUUAUUUUCUCUGAUCAGUGAAAACGAACCCAGCUUAAGGCGUUGGUUUGUUGUGGCACAUGGAGAAACAUAUCUUUUAAAAUAUCUCCCAAUUACCCUUUUCACAAGUAUCCACCUAGGAUUUGCUGCUGGGGUAAGUCACUAGAUUUAUUUCUCAAAGUUCCUCUCUCUGUGAGCAGAAAGACUGACCAACCAUGAACACUGGUAGGGGCCGGGAAAAGGGGACAGAGCAGAGCCAGUUGUCCCACACUUUGGGAAGCAGGAGUAGCUUUUAUCAUCUUCCUCUGGGGAGCAGGCAUAGAGACAUAAACUGAGUGAAAAUGGGUGGAGGAAGAACUUCUAUAACCACGAACAACAUGUGAAGAGAGAGAACCAAACAUAAAGUAAGGAGGAUAGACGUUACAUCUAAGAGGAAAUAAUCCAGGCAAGGAAGCACAAGCUGAUCAAGAUGUGUAGCUCCGUGGCUGCCAAGUUGUGGUUUUUGACAGAUCGUCGCAUCAGGGAAGACUAUCCUCAAAAAGAGAUUUUACGAGCAUUGAAGGCCAAAUGUUGUGAGGAGGAACUGGACUUUAGGGCUGUGGUGAUGGAUGAGGUGGUGCUGACAAUCGAGCAAGGAAACCUGGGUAAGUCUAUACUAAGUGAUCUUUUGGAUUUUUACUUAGAAUAUGAUGAAUUUGCAUGUUUUCCUGUCUUGUUUCUCUUGCCAGGUGGUGUGGGGAUGAUGUGCUCACUGAGUGAACAAGGGAAGCAGCUAGCUAUCCAGGUGUCUAAUAUCCUGGGGAUGGACGUGUGUGGCAUUGACCUGUUGAUGAAAGAUGACGGCUCCUUCUGCGUCUGUGAGGCCAAUGCAAAUGUAGGUUUCAUCGCCUUUGAUAAGGCUUGUAAUCUAGAUGUAGCUGGUAUCAUAGCAGACUAUGCCACCUCCCUUCUACCCUCUGGCCGGCUCACCCGGCGUAUGUCCCUGCUCUCCGUGGUGUCCACGGCCAGUGAGACUAGUGAGCCGGAGCUGGGUCCCCCAGCCAGCACUGCUGUUGACAACAUGAGUGCAAGUUCCAGCUCUGUUGACAGCGACCCUGAAAGCACGGAGCGAGAGCUGCUCACCAAGCUCCCAGGGGGCCUGUUCAACAUGAACCAGCUGCUAGCCAAUGAAAUCAAACUACUGGUGGACUGACUCCACUGGUAAUUAACCAACAAAACCCUUGUAAACCUUUCUUUCUUUUUUUCUUUUCUAUUUUUAAAACCAACUUGCAAUGCUGUUCAUGGAGGUUGCUCAGGAAGAUGAGAGAAAAUUAGUAGGAUUAGUUGGAGGCAGUGGGAGAUAGAUGAGACCUCUGCUAAUAAGAUGUUACUUUCAUUUACAAUUCCUACAAAUAGAGAGGCAGAAUAGGUGGGAUAUAGAAAAAUGUUAGGCUCUCAUAGUUACCCUUUUAAAUUUCUAAAAAAUUUUGUAUGCUCAUAGGCCAUGAGGAACAUAUACUUUUAUUUUAUGGUUCCUUGCUUUUGUUUUUGUACAAAAAAUGAUUUUGCUACAAAUAUCCAAGUAGCAUAACUUCACAUUGUGUUGCAAAAUUUGUCAUUGGUGAGGAAAACAUCUGCCUAAAUUACAGGAAUUCUUGUAUUAUAUAGCUCUGAAAAUUCUGCCAUUUCCUUAUUAGUAGCUUUAGUUUGUAGUUUAUGAAAUCUUGAGGGGCUCUUUUCCUGGGAUUUCUUACUUCUGUGUUUUGUUUUUUCCCCCUUAAUUUGGUGGGAGGGUCAAAGUGAAUAUAACCUAAUAAAGGCUUCUUAAUGACAAAAUUGGCAUGUUUGCAUGAUGAAAUGGAAAUGAACAGUAUUGCAAUGUCCGGUAUACAAAAUAACAUUUAUUCAAUGUAGAUAAAAUUACACUAGUUUAAAAUGUGCAUUGACUUGUAUUUGUUAGUCUUUUAUGUGCUCUGUUAAUGUUGCUUUUUUUUUUUUUUUAAAUACAUGCUAGUCUAACAUUUCCUGCUCUAUGCCUGCAUCUUUAACAAUGGCCAAAGUGAAGAAAAUGCAACCUUUUUUGUUAACAAGACUUGAAAUGUGUACAUUUAAAGCCUUUUACUUUUUCCCUUUUUCUUUUGGUGGUUGGGCAUUUAAGGACAAGGAAAAAUAUUUUUUGGGGCAAAUCAAGAGCCUAUAUGAGUUCUAAGUUUAAAGCUGAAGUGAUUUCUAAUGCCAGCGUUAUAUAUUUGCAUUUUUCACAUUUUAAAGGGAGUAUAUAUGUAUGUGUGUGCACGCAUGCAUGUGUAUGUGUUUUGCUUUUUGUUUACAUCAACUAAUCAAAAAGGAUAAUUUAGAAAAUGGAGCAUGAUGGGAAACAGUUUUUGACUUUAAAAAACAGAUGAGUUGUUUUCAUAAGGAGACUCCACUGGGGUAGAGGUAUUCACCUUAAAACAUAGGGUGAAUAGAUGCUUUUUAGGCCUUUUUGUGUAUAUGUAUGUUUGUUUUUUUCCUUUUGUUUCUAAACUGUUCAUUGUAUGGUUUAUUCAAGGCUACAUGCUUUUCUUUAGUGCUUCUGGCUAUGCAUUUUCUCUUUUUACAUACAGGAGUUGGGUUGGGGGUGAGUUGGAUGUUUUUGCUUGGGGACUUAUUUAGUAGUAUUGAGUCUCUUAUAGCCCUACUCUUAAGCCUUCAAUACUGUCCACUCUUUAUAUUUCUUUACUUUCAGAAUUUAUAAAAGCCCCCAAACUGCAUAUAAUUUGAGCCUUUAAAACAUGGGUAAAACUAAUCCCACUGAAGGGUUUGGAUGGUAUGUUAAGAAAUGGAGAUGCUGCAGAGCCCAACGUAAUUUUUUUAAACAGCAAGUUCCAUCUCCCUACAAAUCCUCUGAAGCUUUUACCCAAGCCCUGUCUUGCCUCUCCAGUGCUAUUUUCCAUCAGAUGGACCUUAAGCAUAAUUUCUUGGACACUACUAGAGAGACUUCGAGGCAAUAAUAAAAGAUCAGUAUUAACCACCUAUAACAGAGGUUUGAUCAUGCUUACUGUACAGUUUUUCCCCCGUUUUAAAAAGGAAUGUAAUAAAAUUUGUUUUUUCCAUAGAAUUAAAUAAUAUUAAAAUUGAGUGAAAGGUUGAUUGUUGAUGAAUAGAAUAGCACCUCUCAUCUGUGCAGUGUCUCAUUUCACCUCAGAGAAAAGGAUACGUAAGAGGAGUUUGUCAUUUAACUUAGGAUAUUCUAAUUGCAUUUAAAACAACUUACCUUGCACAGGGUAAUUGGGGGACUCACAUACAUAUAUUAGUAUCUCUGACUCAUUAACAGAAAGAAAUACUUGGUACUUCUUUCGCUGAAUGACCAUACUGUGGAGGAUGCAUACUAUUUGGUAUAGACAAAUAAAUGAGGAAGAAAGAACUGCCUAGUUAAAUUAUCAUUCAUAUGUUCAUGUAGAGACCAUCUGGUUGCCAUGUAUAUUAUAACACAUACACUUUCAAUAGUUAUAUAUCACAGGUAUGUAGAUUAAUACAUUUAAAAAAACCUCUUUAUUUGAUGAAAAUUUCAAGUUUGUGUUGGUGGGCUAAGGCAUCAGGAAAAAUGUAGUAAGCCAUCUUUUAACUAAUACCAAAUUAACCAACUAUAUUAUAGGAAAUAUGUGAAAUUAGUUCAUUAGUUUUAUUCACUAUCUAUUAUGCAUUCACAUAAUAUUAAAACAUAGCUUUAGCAACCUGUUUCUGGAUUAUACACUCACACGUUAGAAAGAAAAGAACAGUAGUUAUCAUCUUAGAUUUUAAAAACAUGGAUAUCUUCUUGAAUUCCUUCAAAAUUAAGGUAAAGAAUAAGAGCAAAUCAUUCUGGAAAGAACCUAAGGAAACAGCAGCAGAUAUUUAGGUGAAAAUUAAAUUUAUUUUCAUAAUUGUUUAAUAACUUUUGUAUAAUCUUCAUUGCUAUUAUGAGAGAUAAAUUGUAUUUAUCAAAUAUAUGUAAUGAUAAAAUCUGAAUUGUAAAAUUUUUGUAUAUUGUUAAAAUUGUAAUUCUAAAUUGUACUUCAAAAAUAAUUAUUUCUGAUUGUACUUAUGUCACCCAUGAUGAAAACUGGACUAUAUAUAUACAUCUAAACAUAUAAGUAUGAACUAUUCUAGUUAAAAUUUUUAAUAGUUUUUUUCUUUUUUGGUGCCUAUAAUUUCUGCUGGCUUUUCUCCAAUGAACAUUGAAAUCUUUCUGUAUGUGUUAUCAAUAAGAAAACUACCCUGGAACAUUAGAAAUACCCAACAAGAGACUUGGCUUUCAUCAAGCACAUUAUCAGACUUUGAGAAGAUAUUGAAGGCAUUGACUUUGAAAAUCAUCUCUUUUUCUCAAGAAGAAAGCAAUGGAGAAGCAAAUUUGCUUCAUUCAGUGAAUCCCCAGUUUGGGGGUUGGGGGGCUUAGAGACAUUGUAAAAUCAAAUCUUGUGUUAUAUUUUUCUCCUGGCUCACUUUUUUUGAGAAGGUUUAUGGGCUAUUUGGCUGGUGAGACACGAUCCCCUCCUAAGAAAAUGUAGGUGCUCAGACAGGUAACCUCUGCUGCUACUGUUUUUAUUUGUUUGUUUGUUUAAUUUUAUUUAAGAUUUGUUUUUGUUGUACUAGGAUUUUUUAAAAUGUAAUAUAUUGCAGGAUUUAUAACCAGGUUCACUGACUGCUUGCUUGCUUUCUUUUUCUUUCUUUUUUUUUUUUUUUUUCCUUAAAACAAAACAAAACAAAGUUUCAUUUAAAAUACAUUUAGGCACCUUUGGAGCUUGGAUUUUGGAAUGUUUCAGUAGUGGACAGAAAUCUGCUGUUGGAAUCUUCUAGUCUUCCAGGUUUAAUUUGAAAUGUUUUUAGUUUUGUUUUGAAUUUUUGUGUGGCAUUUUAUUUCCUUUAUAUCAAUGCCAUUUUGCCAUGCUGUUUUGGGGUGGCUGCCUAACUCUAGUGAAAAUUCUUUCUAUAUUAACGAAAGUUUGGCCUUUGAAAAUCCUUAAUGUUUUGCAUUUUUUACGUUGUUUUUAAAGAAAUAUUCUAACUGCUUGCACUGUUACUGUUCUUUACCAGCCUUUUCAGGAGCCAAAAAAACAAAUACAAACAAACAAAAAAAUACCCAGAGAAAAAACUUUCCUUCUUCCCCCUUCCUGAUGAUGAGUGAGAAGUAUUGAGAACUUUCGGGGUCAUUGCCCUUCUAAACUCCCCUUCCCCCAAUAAUGCAGCUGUAUAAUGAAUGGUAAAUGCACCGGUUUGGAUUCAGGCACAGCCCAGCCUGCUUGCAGGUGGCGUAUGUGUUCGUGUUUUAAUGUAUUCAGAGCCUUGGGCAAUAAGCAGUCCAGAACAUUGAAAACUCAAGCAGGUAAAGCACCUAACACCCUUAGUUUCUAGAGUUACUUUAAAAAACUUUUACAUUGCUGCAUCUUCCACAGUUCCUUGGGUAGUCUUAGAACUUAAAAUUUGUAGGAGUUGUAGACUGCCCACUUCAAAUGUUAAGUUUUGGUAUUUAUUCAUAGAUUGUAGGAGUAGGUAAACAAGGAAACAGAAAAGAAAAUGGCUUCUUGAGAUGGCAAUUGCUGAGUGGCUAAAUCUUUCCACUUCCUUUCUUUUUACUUUUUUUGUAAAUUUUCCUAGCUUAGCAUGAACAUUAGUCAUACAGUGUUUGAUUUUCUGUGAUUGGGAUUUUUGGUUUUGAUUUUUGGAGGGAAGGUCUUGGAGAAACAUUAAAAAGUUGGUGUAUAUGCAAAAAUACAAAAUGUUAAACAAAAUAAUGUUUUCUAUUUAAUCUAAAUAGUAAGCAAUAUUUUUUUCUAUAUACCCUUCUGCUGCAGCAGAGAAUUAAACUGGUAGGUGGCAGCAGAGGAAGGAAUUCUUCAGAUUGAUGGCUACUGACUUAAAAUCUGCAUAGGAGAAGAGAUAGAGCAUGACAUACCAGCUGAAGCAAGGGGGGCAAAAAUGGAAGCAGGAUUAAGACUCCUGGAUUUUGACUCUAAAUGGAAGAGGAGUGGAUUCCUUAUGUCUAGUAUACCAUUAAUCCUAACCUACCUUCCAUUUCUAUUCUGGAAUAUGAAUCAAUCUACAAGAAAGAUACUCUUUUUAUUCUGAAACUCCUGUUCCUUGCAGAUUUUUAGGCUAGCAGUGGGUUCUUUUGAAGUAACCAGGAUCUUUUUUGCUUACCCUCACUAACAGAAUGGAUGAAGAUAGAUUUGACUGUGUGCUUUUUCAAGUGGAGAAUAUGAAUAUACAGAACAAGAAAGCAAUAACUCUUAUCUGUUUGAUUGAAUCUGUUUUCUAAAAUAAAGAUACCAUGCACUGGAAAUAA